UAUUGAUGUGAAAAGUCAACGACGGUUUCACCUCAACGGGUCCUUUCGGCGAGUUCGAUGGCGUCAUGCGAGUUGACCUUGGAAGAACUGCUUCCAGAGGUGGCCAACGUCUUCGCCAUCCAGGAAUCGGCGCUGUUUAACUGCAUGUCCAUCUUGUCCACGACCAUCACACGGCACGAAGAAGAAAGCAAGUCCAAAGCCAGCGCGGCCGACAUCGCUCAGGUGCGGGGAGACGUGAAAAAGGCGACCGAGUUUUUCGGUGACAGCAAAAAGAUGAUCCAACGACUCGAAAAGACACAAGAACGCCUACUUGCAGAGCUCAGCGACCUUCGUCAGGAGAACGCAAGCAAGGAUACGGCGUUGGCGGCGCUCGAGCGUCAACAAGAGCAACACAUGGCGGCGUACGAACAGCACUUGGAGGAGCUGGAUCGGCGCUUUGAGUGCAUAUCGCGUAUGAAGUCAGAGCAGAAAGACGUGGUCAAGAGAAUCGAGAUACAAGAGCGGAGCUACGCCGAGCUCAAAUUUGGCAUGGCCAUGCUCGCCAAGUCCAUCGGAGACGACACCGGCGAGGCGGCCCCGAUCUUGCCGCUGGUGUCGCUCGUUCCAGUCAGUGGCCGCAACAGCAACUCAGACCACCGAUCCAUGAAGCACAUCAUGUCCACGGCGCACUUACGACGGCCAACGCUAGCCGCGGUGGCCGCCAUCACCGCGGUGAGCCAAGGCAGUGCGUCCAACGUGGCACCUCUGGAUCCGAUGAUGGCCCCCAUGUCGAGAAAAGCCAGCAUUUCUAAAUUGAACGAUCACUUGAGCGACCGCAACAGCUCGGACAAAUCUGUGCUGGUAGACGUGACCACUGCAGUGCUGGUCAGGCAAGGGUCCACACUCUUCAAGAAAGCGCCAUCGAUGGCCCUGCUGCCGCCAAGUCCGAACGCCUCGGCGCCUCCCCCCGAUCUCACGGACACGUCUAUUCAAAUGAGCCGUCGCAUGUCGGAGCGCUCUGACUCGUACCGUGUUGAAUCUGCAGACGCGUUGAGCGAAGUGGCACUCUUGGACGAAGUCACGCAAACGCUGGUCGCUUCUGCGGUGCAAAGUCCGCCAGGGUUGGUGACCGACGCAUCCGCGAACUUUGUCGACGGGAUGGCCGACCAGGAUGAGACGACUCUCGAGCAGGAACACGAGGCUGAUGUUGGAGCAUUGUUGGAACCGAGGAUGGUUCCAGGCGGCGUUGCGGGGGGUCUCGCCCCCAACGACCCCGCCAGGAGGGUUGGCGAAACCGAAGCAGGGGGGGCUAGUAGUGCAAAUGCCCCCCAAGAACCCGCCCAUCUCGAACCAGUUGGCUCAGCCGCGACGCCCGCCACAACUGUCGACCGCAUUCAACCAAUCUCGCCUCAAGUUGAUAUAUUGGAUGCCCCACCCACCAACGAGACAUCCCAACGCCAAGAGAGCACUCCAAUACAAUCGGCCGACACGACCACAUCUCGCAAUAUCAGCACCAAAUCGCUGAACGAGAAAGCAGUCUCUGAAUCCCGUGCAAUCAGUAACGAUAAGACUUCGCAAGUUGUUGAGACCAACAAAGCAGUGACGUCACUUACACAGACGUCGAGCAAACAAGUGGCGCCAAUGUCAGCAGAGCCUGACGCUCAAAGUUCGGCUUCUCGCCGAGUGAGUUCUAGCUCCAUCGCUCCGCCAAUGGCCGAAGUUGUGCAGGAACUGCCAGAAUCCCCGCGUGAGAGCGGCAUGAUGCGGUCCCACGCAGAGUACAAGUACUUGUGGCAUUGGGCGUACUCCAAUGUCAUCGCCCUCUAUCGCAUGCACGGCCAGCAAAAUGUCCAGCAGCUUUUGUCAGGCACAAAGAAGGACACGGUGGGCUCCCGCGUGCGGCAGAUCGAAGACACGAUGGACGCUGUCCACGACAGUCUUGACGACAUGCGUGCCAAGGUCGACGGACUCGACGCGGUCCAUUCCGAUCUUGAGCAUAUCAAGGUCAGCACGACGGAAGUGGUCGAACAAGUCGCAAGUUUGCGGAUCGUGAGCAGUCAGACCGAGGCCAACACGCAGCACCUGCAGGACCAAUUGCGUCAGCUGGAGGGCCAGGUCCAAGAGUUUGUGCAAAGCUUCACCACCUCGCGGGAGUUGCCAGCUCCAAAACCGCACACCCCACGCCCCGUCGCGCCUGUUGUGCCCGUAGCUGCAUUUGAAGCCCUCCAAGCCUACGUAGCCACCCUCGACAAGUCCCUUGCGCGGCUGGAUCCGUUCAUGGCAACUUGCGCUGCCGUAGAAGCCACGACCAAGACGGAACUCCAGGCCAUCACGGCCAACCUAACAACCCAAGCGCAAGUGUGGGAGAAAGAGCUAGGCAAACUCGCCGACGACGGCCGUAAAAACGCCGCCGAUCACAAGCGCCAAGCGGACGACGCGGCGGCGCACGUGAACGCCGUCGUAGGCCGGCUAUACGAAUGGGUGCAUUUCCUCGGCGAUGCUUUGCACGUGGCCUGUUGUGCAGACAACCCUGCCGACUCCGCGCCGUAUCGACAUCUUGUGUCUGCGUUUCGGUCCAAAUACUCGUCACUUGGCGCCAAGCUGGUCGUGGCGAAGGCCCAGCCCUUGAAUCCUGCCACGGACGCGGCCAUCUCGGCCGUGUGCCACCACGUGGACGGACUGGCCGACGUCAAAGAUCGAGACGUGGACAAGUACAUGGUCUCGGGCAUGGCGCCCCUGGCGCUGCUCUUGGACACGUUGAGCCAGGCCACGAGCGACGACCCUGCUGCCAACAGCCACCGGACGGCUCUCGUUCGACUGGUGCGAGAAACCCUCGUGGAGGCCAAAGGCGUGGCGUGUGUAGCCCUCCUGUUUGCCCGAUUCGGCGCCGUGCACACUAAAGCAGCCGCGUUGGCAACUGCGCUGGACGACACCAAGGCGGCCAUGGGGAGGCAGACCAAGGACAUAUACGAGCUAAACAGCUUGCAUUCAGUCAUCAAGACCAUGUCCGCCAAGGUCGAGUACGUGGUCAACAACACCCAGACGAUGAUUGUCGAAGACGACUUGAACAAAGUGGUCGCGCGGCUGUCGGACGAACGCGAGCAACUUCGCGCGGACGUCUACACGAGCGUCAAGCAGUUGUUCGCCGUGUCGUCGGAAUUGGAGGCGUCGCUCGAGCGAGAAGUCACGGCGUUGGCCAGCCGCCUGCACACCAAGAUCGACCGCGACGAAGUGGGCAUGGCCCAGCAGACGAUGCAAGGAGAGUUGGAACGACUGGCGCACGACGUCGUGUCCCACGAUGAAUUCGUCGUGCUCUCGGAACGGUUGAAGCGGAAGCCCGACUCGAACGACAUUCGCGCGUACGUGCGGCAAAAGAUCUCGACGCUAAAGCUGCAGCAGACAGAAGCUAACACGGACGCGCCGCUGCUGGGAUCGGUGCCUGUAAGAUGCAUCUCGUGUCAGAAUGUCGUCGAGGCCAAAGCUCAACCCGUGGUGCCACGCGACGACAAGCCGCAGCGCGACGUGCUGCCAUUCACCACGUCCUCCGUCCGUCAUGUGCAGAAGCAGAAACUAGAGGCCAUGCUACGGGCAAAGGGCGCACUCAAGUAGGGCAGAUGUGGACGUAAUGGAAGGCAUUUUGACACGAGUGUGCCUUUCGUGUUGGGUUUGGAAUGUUGUCUGUUGAUUGGCUGGAUUCCAUUGGCAGCCAAUCCAAUCACAGACAACGAGCGUGUUUUUGACAAUUUCC